AGAGAGCAAAUAGUAUAAAACUAAACUUAAUUAACAGUUUUCUAACAAUAAUUUUAAUAGAAAAAAAUUUUGGUAUAAAAUUAUAAAAUAAAAAAUAAAAAAAAUAUUUUUUAAAUAUAAAAAAAUGACUAAUAUAAUAUAAAAAAUAUAAGAGUCAAAUGGUAAUUUCCUCCUGGAUAAAACUCAAACGAGGAGGCGGGAGGAGAUUUUCGUCAUUUUAGGGGAAAGGUUACGGAAAACCAACGCAAUCAGGCUGACAAUAAUUUAAAAAGGCAAAGCUCAAAAAAGGGAUGAAUUAUAGUUUCCCUCCAAUUCCUGCACGCACGCACUCGUUUUAAUAAUUUUAUUCCCCCUUUUUUCUCUUAUCUGCAAUUCUCAUCAUUACACAUUUCCACCUCUAACUCCCCAUUCCCCUCUGGUCCUUUUCCUUUUCUUUUUAAGAUUAUUUAUUCGAAAAACGGAGUCAGUUUCUGCUCUCUAGGGUUUUGCAGUUGCUGUUUCUUUGCUCUACAACAAUCUAGGGUUUCUAACGGCGCUUUCUCUCAGGUUACUUUGCAAUGGAUUCUACUGCACAAACUUUCCAACAGCGAACGCUUUCUGUCAAAUUGUGGCCUCCUAAUCAGAGUACCAGGCUAAUGCUUAUAGAGCGGAUGACGAAGAAUCUUACGACCCCAUCUAUUAUUUCCAGAAAGUAUGGCCAGUUGAGCAAAGAGGAGGCUGAGGAAGAUGCUAAACAAAUUGAAGAGUUGGCAUUUGAUGCAGCAAACCAGCACCAUCAGAAGGAGCCAGAUGGUGAUGGAGGUUCUGCAGUUCAGGUUUAUGCCAAAGAAUCCAGUAAGCUCAUGCUGGAAGUUUUAAAAAGGGGCCCUAUAAUGAAGGAGGAUGGUAACGUGACAACCGCUGAGAUAGCUAGCUCCAUACGUACAGAUGUUUUUGAUAUAUCUGCCGGCCGUCGUGCAUUUAUCAGUGCAGAAGAGGCUCAGGAUCUCUUAAGACCACUUAAGGAGCUAGGAAACCGAUAUACUAAGAUAUGUUUCAGCAAUAGAAGUUUUGGCUUGGAUGCAGCUGCUGUUGCUGAGCAGAUUUUGUUGUCCGUAAAGGAUCAACUGACAGAAGUAGAUUUAUCAGACUUUGUUGCUGGAAGGCCAGAGCCAGAAGCUCUUGAAGUCAUGAACAUUUUUUCUACAGCCCUUGAGGGUUGUAAUUUGAGGUGUCUCAAUCUUUCGAAUAACGCCCUGGGUGAAAAGGGUGUGAGGGCUUUUGGGGCACUCCUCAAAUCACAGAAUAAUCUGGAGGAGCUUUAUCUUAUAAAUGAUGGUAUCUCUGAGGAAGCUGCGCGUGCAGUUUGUGAGCUAGUUCCUUCCACGGAGAAACUCAAGGUACUUCAGUUUCAUAAUAAUAUGACUGGAGAUGAAGGUGCAGUUGCUAUUGCUGAGUUUGUGAAACGGUCUGCUAUGCUUGAAGAUUUUAGAUGUUCCUCAACAAGGAUAGGCUUAGAUGGCGGUGUUGCACUGGCUGAAGCACUUGGAACAUGUACCCAUUUGCGGAAGCUUGAUCUUCGUGACAAUAUGUUUGGAGUGGAAGCUGGUGUUGCUCUGAGUAAGGCUCUAUUUUCUUUUGCUGAUCUAACCGAGGUUUAUCUGAGUUAUCUAAACUUGGAAGAUGAGGGCGCAGAGGCACUCGCCGAUGCUCUAAAGGAGUCUGCACCUUCACUUGAAGUUCUUGAUAUGGCUGGGAAUGAUUUUACUGCCAAAGCAGCUUCUUCUUUGGCACCCUGUAUAGCAGCAAAACAAUUUCUCAGCAAGUUAAACCUUGCGGAGAAUGAAUUGAAGGAUGAAGGUGCUAUUUUGAUUGCUAAGGCAAUAGAAGGGGGUCAUGGUCAAUUAAAUGAAGUUGAUUUGGGCACUAACCAGAUCAGAAGGGCUGGGGCAAGGCUCUUGGCACAGGCUGUUGUGCUGAAGCCUGGUUUCAAGUUGCUGAAUAUCAAUGGUAAUUUCAUAUCUGAUGAAGGAAUUGAUGAAGUGAAGGAUAUAUUCAAGAAUUUGCCUGGUGUCCUUGGGCCUUUAGAUGAGAACGAUCCAGAAGGUGAAGAUCUUGAUUAUGAGGAAAAAGAAGAUGAUGAAGAUAAUGAGGAUGAAUUGGAAUCGAAACUCAAGGGGCUUGAUAUCAAGCAUGAUGAACAGUUCCGUCUGAAGUAAUUUGCUUUCUUAGGCCCUUAGCUCUUUCUGAAUGAAGACUUAUCCAUAGACUGAUUAUUUCUGUUGUUCUUUCUGGGAUUAAACCUUGUCCCUAUGCCAUCUAGUCCAGUAGCAUUAACCAGGUGUAAUAGAUUAUCUACUGUAGGCCAGUCUCAGAAAAGUACUUCAGAAACACGGAACUGGGUUUUAGUUUUAGGAUUUCUAGUCAAUUCUUCUUGCAAAUUUGCAAUAGGCAGUAUGUGCCGCCUUAAUUUACUAGAGGCUCAAUACGAGGGUGUCUAACUGCCUUUUGUAGCAUAUGCAUGCUCAAAAUUAUUUUAAGUUAUUUGAGACUUGAAAUAUUUAAUUA